ACUUCCCCCUUUCCCAAUUCACAAUUUGAAUGCUUUCGCAACAAUUCUGCAAAGAUGGCAAAGCAACAAAAGAGACAAAAAGUUUUGUUUGAGGACGAAAAAGAAAGGGAGGCUCCCAUGAUAUACAGAAUAAACAUUGGCCUGGCUUUCACCCGCUGCCAUGGUGCCCCUACACCCCUAACCGAACUCGUCAGCGUUGACGAGUUUGAGUUGCGAUUUUAAAUGAGGUUGUCAUUAGUAAACGUCCAUUCCAUUCGAACUGGGAGCUCUACUACUUGAAACGGACUGGGUGUCUAUUGCUAUCAAUGGCACCAAAUGAGUUAAAACACGCUACGAAGCUAACUCAAUAUUGCAUGGAGUUGCUCUUUACAUUUCUUUUUCCAGAUGACCUUCUUGCUCGUGUUUUCGUAAGAUGAGGAAAGGCUGAACAUGAAAACAAGUUUGGCUGAAAGUAAGGGGUGUGCGAGUCGACGAAGGUUAUGUAAAUUUUGCUCCAAUUGAAGAGCAGCUUUUUGGGAAGGGCUCAGGUGAGCCAUUGCGCAACCUCGGCCGACACUAUAAAAGGCGUUCGGCGGCGCUGGGAUGUUUGAGCUGACUUUUUCCUCUUUCCUGACAAGAAGGAGAAUGCUGCAGUACGUGUUGUCCCUGUGUUUGCUGGCCCUGACCUGGGCGCAGGACUGCCAAGUGGCUAACAUUCAAGUCAUGCAGAACUUUAACAAAGCCAGGUACACAGGGAAGUGGUACGCCGUGGACAAGACAGACUCCGCGGGUUUGUUCUUCAUCGACAACAUCGAGGCCCAGUUCAUGGUGCGAGACAACGGCUCCAUGACAGCCAAGGCCAGGGGCCGAGUCAUCAUUCUUAACAACUAUGAGACGUGCGCUGUCAUGCUGGCCACUUUUGAGGAAACUAACGUACCCGCCAAGUUAAGGAUGAAGUAUUGGGGACUCGCAGCCUACCUGGAGACUGGAGUUGACGACUACUGGGUCAUCGACACCGACUACGACAACUACGCCGUCCAUUACUCCUGCAGACAGGUGGACAUUGACGGCACCUGUACAGACAGCUACUCCUUCAUCUUCUCUAGACAACCGACGGGUCUGAGACUGGAGGACCAGCGCAUAGUCACCCAGAAGAAAAGAGAGCUGUGCCUUCUGGGAAAAUACCGUCACGUCACGCACAAUGACUUGUGCAACAACGCCAGUUGAUCUAUUCCCACUCAGGAACUUUAUCGAAGCACCAGCGAGAGGGAUUCUGCACCCCCGCAUCAGCAUGUCUACUAUGUUUAUUGAUCCCAAACAUCGACAGAGCCAUGUUUACAUGUGAAAAUCCAAAACGACUCGGUGACCUUGAGCAAAUUUGAUAAUAAUCCUGAUGAUCCAUUGUCUUGAUUUUACUCUGCCUACUUGA